AUGGAUGCAGCUGCACUUUUAUGCAACAUCUGCCCCAAACGUCCCACGUUCAGCGAUGUAUCUCACUUGCUAACCCAUGUCGCAUCGAAAGCCCACCUCUCUCAUUAUUUCAAGCUUCAGGUACGCAGUCAUCAGGAACAACAAGCAGUUGAUCUUCUGGACGAAUAUGACCGUUGGUAUAAGACCAACAAUCUCGGGAGAUUGCUUUCAGAUCGAAUGUCCUCAAAGGAAGCUCGAAAGAAGAAGACAUCGACGAAGCCUACGACCCACGCAGAGGUCAAGGUCGAGAAGCCAGACGCCCCCAUAUCUGUUCUUCCCUUGAUACAUCACCCUUUUCCUGACUAUCUAGACCCUCGCCUUGCUGACACCUGCAUUGAACGACCGUUGGAACUCUCACACGCUGGAUCAUUCUCGUCCUACCCUCACGCAAUGCACAAAAAUGACUCUAGAGGUUCUGAAUGCGAGCUUUGGAAACGCGAGCCCAGAGAUGCGAUUGCGUACGACGAUGGCUUUUCUGUUAUGCCGUACUGGGCAAGCCCGAGAGAGGACAGAAUGGCGACCGACACACACACAAUUGAUCGCGGAUACAGUAGCGACCCCUUCCUGGAUGAAGGUGAUAGCAUUGACUGCCCUGUGUCCGGCCUACUGGACAAAGAGAGAGCGGAUGAGAUGGCUAGACUCAAGGGCAUCCUGUGGCCCGGUAUGGACAUCUUCGACUCUGCCACAGAACAAAUGAGGCGUCGACGUAACCAAAAGAAGGAUGAGAGUAUCCUGAGGAUGAUGGAGAAGACCUCCCUGUGCGUCGAGCCGACAGAACUUGUCUUCUCUCCAACAGGAAUCCUCCGAAAGCAACGGGUAAUCUCUGGCAAUGUUGAGGAUAGUAGUCCGCUCAAGGGUGAAACUCCCAUACCCAAAAGACGAGUCAGCCGCCCCAAGAGGGUUCUCUCGCAACUUGACGCUAACAUUAAUCGUCGGCAACAUGGACCGAACAAGAAGAUUGAAAGGCAGAGUGUCGAGUGUAUGGCUGAGCAUUCGACCCAGAGUGCUGCUCAAUCGCGCCAGGGUCAAGUUUCGGUUUACCGGAAGAGCUGCGCAGACGAUCAAGCUAAGUCUGUCCCUAAGAGAAGGAGCGGGCUCAAGGAUCGCAACGAGUUCGCAGUGUACCGUGACGAGGAAGGACAGCACCGGCGAAGCUCGAGGACCCAGUAUACCAAUGGUGGAUUGUCAUAUGCAGCAUCUGCCGUUUCCCACCCCAUUUUCCUACUACGCGAAUACACAGCCCGUCCUGACGAGUGUGCGUCCCACUCCGCUACUCAUCUAUCUGCAUUCACAGAACGGACCGCUGAUGAGUCCAUGGAUAAGGAGAACAUCGAACCUCUCUUCGAUGCCUGCGGCCGCAUUGAUCCUGGAGUGGGCUGGCGUUCCCCUGCCAUGAAGCAACAUCUAGCAAAUGACAUAGGUUACCCGCCACAGCUCUUCUAUCAGAAUGCUCAAUCUGCCGGUCUGAGUCCAUUUGGAGGUCAUGAUAGUCCCGCAGGAUAUCACUACAAUCCUCUAUCAGUCUCGCUGGGCAGACUACCUGUUGAAGAGACUCAAUUGAGUACCCUGAACUCACAGGUGGGAGCUAAUUAUAAGGCACGCGCUGAGUCUCCCGAAGGCACAAUCUCAGAUGCCGAGGAAGGGGAAUUUGACCGGCUGUACCUGCCUGGGAGCUCUUGUUGA